UUUAGGGCUUCAGGGUUUUUGGCUUUUGCUUUUCAAUACAUUCCCACCUUCCUUCCCAGUCUCCACUCUCCAGCUUCAUUUUGCCUUUUGUCCAAUUAUAUAGGAUAAUUAGGGCUGAUUGCGGCUAGGGUUUCAAAAUUGUGUCCAACAUCUUCCUCACUACUUCUCAUGUUUGUCAGCAUAUAUAUAUAUAUAUAAAUAUAUUGAAUCACCAACCUUUUUAUUAUUUUAAUUCAAUUCGAUUGUAUUAUUCAUUCUUUUUCUUUUAUCAAUUUUCCCCAUUUCUCUGAAAUUUUGAUAAUAAUUUCAACUUUUGUAUCAAAAUUUUGAAUCUUUGGUCAUUUCUACAAUUUUUUGAUUUGGGUUUUCGUUGAUCAUUUUUUCUAUCUCAAUCCUGUUGACUUGCAAGAAAAGUAAGAAUUUUUAUUGAUUUUAAUUCGUGGGUAACUCAAAAGAUUUAAUCUUUGUUUUGAUUUGAUUUAGUUUUUGAUUGAUUUUUCUUUCUAUUUUUUUGUUUUUGAAAUUGAAGAAUCAAGAUGAGUUCCUCUGAUUCAUUCCCAUUUCCACCUAAUGGUUUAGAUUCUAUGGAUUUUUGGCCUCAACUUCCUAUUUCAAAUGAAGAAUCUGAAUACGAUCAUCCACCAAUGAAAAAAUAUAAGAAUGCUUCUGAUAACCAACCCACAAAUCGAACAGCUCAAAAUACUCCUCCGGUCAAUCAACCAAAUGGGAAAAUCUUCUUCAAAACUAGAUUAUGUGCAAAAUUUAGAAUGGGACAAUGCAAGAAUGGUGAAAAUUGCAACUUUGCUCAUGGAGAAGAAGACUUGAGGAAGCCUCCUCCUAAUUGGCAAGAACUAGUUGGGGGAAGAACAGAUGAUAGAAGGAGUGGUGGAAGUGAAAAUUGGGAUGAUGAUGAUAGGAUUAUUCUUAAGAUGAAGCUUUGUAAGAAGUUUUACAAUGGGGAAGAAUGUCCAUAUGGGGAAAGGUGUAAUUUUUCUCACAAAGAACCUCCUAAGUUUAGGGAGAAUUCCACUCGAUUUCGAGACAAUUCAAGGGAAAGCUUUGCUAUUAGCAUUGGUACUACAGGGUCUUCUAUAGGGCAAUCUAGGACUGCUGAUCAGUAUGAUGUUCAAAGGAUGGCGGCACCUACUAAUGUUAAUGGUUGUAUGGAUGGAAUGAGAGGAAAUAGUAGACCAGUUUGGUGGAAAACUAAGCUGUGUAUUAAGUUUGAGAAUACAGGAUACUGCCCUUUUGGUGAUAAUUGUCAUUAUGCUCAUGGGCAAGCAGAGUUAUUGCUGCCUAGUAGUCGUUCUACAGAGGCUGAACUGGCGGUUACUCACUCAGUUCCUCUUAAACCUGGGUCUGCUCCUAAUAAUGAUCCAACUCCAGUGAAAUCUGAUAUGAGGUUUGCCUCCAGUCAGGACGGUCAGGCAAAGAAGUGCCUUGUGAAAUGGAAAGCAACCAAGAAGAUUAACCGCAUUUAUGGUGAUUGGAUCGAUGAUCUGCCUCUCACACUGCCUACUGAAGUGGAGACCUGAUUUUUUUAGGUGCAAGUUUUGUUACAUGUGUGUCCAUAGUUAUGCUUCAUUAAUGCAUCAUUGAAGUUUUUGGUUACUGUGACAUGGUUUUCAUGUUUAGCGUAUGUCGUGUUUUCAUUUUGUGCCAUUGAGUUUUUCUUCUCUUUGGUGAAAUUGAAGUCGACCCUACAUUGUUGAGAUUUAGGGGUUUUUGUCAUUAAUAUUUGUUUGGAAGUCCUGAUGUUUUGUAGUUCAUAGUUACUAGAAGCUAUAGUUGCUAUAAUACAGGCGACAUAGCGCAGAUUUGUAGAAGAGAUUUUAGAGGUAUACUAGUUAUGAGUCAUAGUAAGGAGAAUCUGAAUACAUGAAUGUUUGUCUUAGCAAGUUUUUUACUCCAUGUUUUAUAACUGAAAUGCUAUGUUAUUCAGACUAUUCAUUUUGCUUCACGUACCCGUGUUCGAUCCUUGAUGUUUAGACAGUCGUAUGACACUUAGACACUUCAUUUUAGGCGUAAAAUUGAAUAUUUAGACCUAUUCGACACUUGGAUACGUACUAGUUACUGACAUCAGUACUCGAGUCCAACUAACAUUAGCUGAAAUGUAUACUUCGUCUAUUUUUUAGUUGCUAUGCAUACUUCAUUUAGCGUUAGCGUUGUGUUACUGGUUUUUGUUAGAAUGCAUCAAAACACUUUUGUAAUCCAUACUCAUUAAACUACCCAUUAAAACUAGAGGUGUUCGUAUGGGCUAUCAAGUUGAUUUCGGGUUAGGUGUUUUAGACGGUUAAAAAUCGGACUUUUUGUCCACGUUGAUUUUUACAUUAUAUUAUUAAAUCCAUUAUUUAGUAGGGUCAAAUUGGGUUCGGUUACAAGGUUCGAAUCAUCGGAUUUGUUUUGAAUAAUCUAAUUAAGACAAACCCAAACCCUUUCCUCAUUGUCUCUUCUCCUCAUCCUCAAUCCGCACGGACCUUCACGUUUCUGUUCCACCUCUUCCUCGUAGUUAGUUUCCACCACAUUUGUGAGAAGCUCCAAGAACUUCAACUUGGUAUAAAUCAGUGGAAGAUAAUGUGUAGCUUACAUGCUGAGGAUGACAACAUCUCGAUUCUCAAGACUAAAGAAGGAUUCUGUUUGUUGUGAUCAGCAGGUUGGAAUACUGUAUCAGGAGAUCAACGAACAGAACGGUAUGGAAGAAUCAGGUCUAUAUUGUCACCCCUAUUGAUAUUAUACUUAGCACUGAAUAUUAAGUACAAUAUAAAAGCUACAGCUAGGUAUACUUUAAAAGCCAAAAAUCACCCAAUGUGAUAUUGCUUAGUUAGUAGCUUUUUAAAUAUGGAUGAUUACUUUAUAAGAGGAUAAGACAAAAAAAUAAAUUGUAAAAAAUAAAUCAACUUAUGUUGUAUACUUGUAUCUAGGGAUGGCCGGAUGGGCAUGAGUCGGAUCCUAUAAGAUUCAGAUUCAGAUCCUAAUUUUUUUAUUGGAUUCAGAUCCAGAACCAGAUCCGUAGGGUUUGAAAAUUUUGGACUCGGACCCAAACUCUUAGGGUUUGGAUCUGGGUCUAGAACAAUUUUUUUUCAUGAAAAUUUUUUUAAAAUAUAUGAUGUAGUAUAAUUUUUGACUAUUCGCAUAAAAUUGUUUAAACAUUUUCGACUAACGAGAAUCUUCUAAUACUUUAUACUAAUUGAGCAAAAUAUAUGAAG